AUAAGUACCCCUUACCUCUGCCACCGCGCAUUCCCUACAAACUCAACACAACCAAAACACCUUAUCACUCUCUCUCUUUCUCUCUCUCUCUCUCUCUCUCUCUCUAUAUCAGCCAUGGCUGGAACGGUUUCACUAUGCAUUGCAUCGUUGGUUACCCUUUUCGUUGCCACCAGUGCCAGAAUUCCCGGUGUCUACACCGGUGGUGCAUGGCAGGGUGCCCACGCUACUUUCUACGGUGGAAGUGAUGCCUCUGGAACAAUGGGUGGAGCAUGUGGGUACGGGAACCUAUACAGUCAAGGGUAUGGGGUGAACACUGCAGCUUUGAGCACGGCACUGUUCAACAAUGGGUUGAGUUGCGGCGCGUGUUUUGAGAUAAAGUGCAACCAGGAUCCACGGUGGUGCAACCCUGGGAGGCCUUCCAUCAUCAUCACAGCCACCAACUUCUGCCCUCCCAACUUCGCCCUUCCCAGCGACAAUGGCGGCUGGUGCAACCCUCCGCACCCCCACUUCGACCUAGCCAUGCCCAUGUUCCUCAAGAUCGCCCAGUACCGCGCCGGAAUUGUCCCCGUCAGCUACCGCCGGGUGGCAUGCAGAAAGGCUGGUGGAAUUAGAUUCACUAUCAACGGCUUUCGUUACUUCAACCUGGUUUUGAUCUCCAACGUGGCGGGUGCAGGGGAUAUCGUGCGCGUGAGUGUGAAGGGAAGCAAAAGUGCGUGGAACAGCAUGAGCCGAAACUGGGGCCAAAAUUGGCAAUCCAACGCCAAUUUAGUGGGCCAGGCCCUUUCCUUUAGAGUCACGGGCAGUGACAGACGCACGUCAACCUCGUGGAACGUGGCACCUUCUCAUUGGCAGUUCGGGCAGACCUUCACGGGCAAGAAUUUCCGCGUCUGAAAGAAAAUUUAAACAUAAAUGUUUCUUUUAGUAGUUUCAGUCUUUUCUUUAAUUAUAUUUUUUAUAUCUAAAAUUUGAGAUGAUUUUAGUUUUGAUCUUUUGAUUUUAAAAAUGUGUUUUUAACCCCUUGAAAUUAAAAAAUAUAAUUCUAAUUUUUACAUGCUAAAAGUUAGAGAUUAAAAUUUCUUUCUUUUUAAAUUUAGAAAUUAAAAAUAUAUUUUUCUAAUUUCAAGGGAUUAAAAAGUGUUUUUUUUUCAAAAGAAAACUAAAAUUAGAAUUAUCUUGAAUUUGUGGUCUAAAAAUAUAACUAAAAGUUUUAUUUUGACUAUGGUUUAGUUUUUUCCACUUCAAAUUUCCUUUAUUUUCCCUGGAAUUUUUGAAGGUGUGUUGAUAAGUUAAAGUGAUGGUGGUAAUGGUAUGGUUUUUGGAAGGUGAAUUUGUGUGUGAUAUUAUUAAUUAGCAGUGAAGUGUAAUUGGGUGUUGCUGGCAUAUUUAUUAUCCAGCAAUGCUUUCUGACUUAAUGGGGCUGAAGAGGCUGCAAAGUUCAUGUAGCCCGCAGCUCCUUUAUGUAAUAUGUUUCAGUUAUAAUGCAUGUCUCUUUCUUUAA